AUGUCAGAAACCAACAGAAUAAAUCCCCACAGGAAAGUCUUCCAGAUCCAAAACUUCCUCUCUUUGCCGCUCCGCGAACGCGUUUUGGGUCUCGAGAAGGAAAUCCUCAAUGACCCCAAUUACUUCGGCUUCGACACACACUCACUCCAACACGCCAACCUGGAACUGCUCGACGCUCAGCCGAAUACCGUCAAAUGGAGUCUAGAGAUCGGACCGGAGCUGUGCAACAAGUCCGGCAACCUGCACGGCGGCGCCGCGGCGACGUUGCUGGAUAACCUGACGAGCACGGCGCUCCUGACGAUUGCGAGGGACGGAUUCCUGGAUGGCGGGCACGUCAGCAGGACCAUCACCAUGAGUUACUUGCGCCCGGUUCCUAUGGGCAGUAAAGCGAUCGUGGACUGCGAGGUUCAAGCUGCCGGGCGGAAUACGGCAAACAUUAUGGGCAAGAUUUAUGUGAACGGGAAGCUGUGUGUUACGUGCGUGCAUGAUAAGGCCGUUUUUUCAAACCAGAAGCAGGCCAAAUUAUAG